ACAUAUGCACAGAUACAAACAGACGGUGCGGUUCGGGCUCCUUUGGUAAAUCUUAAAUGACUGUUAAGAGGCUUUCAAACCUCCAGAAAUGCAUACAUUUUGAUAAUCUUUGUUCAUUUAUGCAGUGACAGUGCACAAGGGAUAUUGCAAUAUAGAGUAUGUUGCAUUUCCUAUGUUGCAGCAGGCUGUCAGACAUUUUAAUCCAGUGUUUCCCAACAUUUCUGUGCUGCUUGUGACCCCUUAAAACACAUUUGUGUCUACACGUUUAUAGAUGGACACGUUUUUAAAACGUGAGCUUGGUCUCACAUAUGCAAUAGGACAGACAAAGAGAGUAUUUUCCAAAAAGAUGGACAGUAUAUAUAACGUGGACGCACUGACCGCAUCCAGGAAAGCGCAUGAUGAGGAGGCGUGACACUCUCGGGUCAUGUGAGCGUCAUCAGCGGCUGUGGGGCCAGAGAGCAGCGGGGACACCGGAGCGCCGUGCCGCCGGCUGACAGCAACACCCUGCCGGGAUGGAUGAGGGGUAUUUAACCGCAGUAGCCGGGCAGUAACCGCCACAUCGACAGCUACAGUUACUGAGAUGGAAAAAAUUCAAUCUUAGGGUCACAAAUUCUCGCUUUGUGUCGUUUUAAGCGCUCAGUAAAGUCGUGAGUGUGAAACUGUUAGCGCGCCCAUUAUCGGACAGCUAUAGGUUUAUGGAAAAGCUUCCAUUAUCGGACAAACUCCCAGCUGCUUUGCUUCUUUCCACAAUUUCCUCAAAAUAGUGACGGCGACCAAACGCAAAUUGUUGACAAAAUGCUGAUAUAAGGGUGAAACCACUUUCUCCAUUGUUACUGUCUCCAAACGUCCCGCAGAGUCGCUUACAGCAGACUAGCAAGACCAAAGUCGGCCCGACCCGGCUCACCGCAGCCAUGACGUCCAACUCAGCUCUCCUGAAGGUGAUCCUUCUGGGUGACGGCGGCGUGGGCAAAUCAUCGCUCAUGAACCGCUACGUCACCAACAAGUUUGACUCGCACCUCUUCCACACCAUUGGCGUGGAGUUCCUCAACAAGGAGCUGGAGGUGGACGGCCACCGUGUCACUCUGCAGAUCUGGGACACGGCAGGUCAGGAGCGCUUCCGCAGCCUCCGCACGCCUUUCUACCGCGGCUCCGACUGCUGCCUGCUCACUUUCAGCGUGGACGACGGGCAGAGCUUCCACAACCUGGCCAACUGGAAGAAGGAGUUCGCUUAUUAUGCAGACGUAAAGGACCCUGACAACUUCCCCUUUGUGGUGCUGGGCAACAAACUGGAUGUGCCCGAGCGGCAGGUGUCAGGGGAGGAUGUACGGAAGUGGUGCCGCGAGAACGGCGGCCACCCGUACUUUGAGACAAGCGCCAAGGAUGCUACAAAUGUAGCAUCAGCCUUUGAGGAGGCGGUGCGUCGCAUUCUGGCAUUGGACGACAGAGCUGAUCACCUCGACCACACCAACACAGUAGACCUGCAGAGGAAGAGCCCCCCUGACCCCACCUGCUGCUGAGCUGGGAGCUCAAUGUGACUCAGCAGGAGCUCAUGUGAUGCUUCAGCAGUUGCCACAUAGUGUGUGGGUUUAAGUGUAGUUUGUGACCCUACAGAAAGAGGAACUGGUGUUUGUUCAGUAGCUAGCUGUAUGCAUUGCCUCGGAUAAACGUUUGACCUGGAUCAGUAUUUGUAAGCAAAUAAUGAUACUUUUUAGACCAAAACUGACAAUAUUUUGUUUUGUCUUUCCACCACACAAGGGACACAAAACUUUGCACUCACCAUGUCCAAACUCUAAACCAGAAUUAAUUUAUACAAAGCAUUAAUGGACAGCUCAUAAAAUGAAACUUCUGAUUCAGUGAUAAACCUCAAUUGUACCAGAGGUGGACAUAACUGGCUUAUACCUGAAAUUUAAAGGCCUUUAGGGAGUGAUUGUGACUUGAGGGGGAUUUCUUUGAUAAAAGCUAAACUACUUCACCUGUGAAGUAGUAACAGUUCUCUAAACACAAAGAAUUUGAAACUGUCAAAGGUCAAAAAACUAUUUUGACGUCACUGAUGCAGCUGUGGCUACAAGUUGUAGACCACAAAAAGAGUCCUGAGAUUAUUUUCUGCCUCUUGAAGCAGAUACAGGACUCAGCUACUCAGAAACUAUACAACUACGUUUACAGCUAAAAUAUUGUGAUUGAGUGCUGAUUGUCCUAAACUGCCCAGUAACCCACACCCCCGACAUUUGAAAUACAGGAUUGGAAAAUGAUUUUCAGAUAUUUUAAGAAACAAAAUAGCAUUAGAAAACAACUAAAUCUAAGUAAUCAGUGCAGUUAAAAGUUUAUUAUUGUAUGCAUAAAGCAUGUCAUAUUGCAUAGGUUUAGAAACACAAAAUGCUAUUUUUCCAUCUAUAACUCAAGUUAUUCACAUGAUCAGCUAGAUUUAAUAGUGUAUAAAAUAAUUUUUAUGAUAAAAUAACUGCUAUUCCCUGUUUUGUUUGGAUGAUCGUGCCAAACCAGAGAUCUUAAAACUGUUGUUGAUUUCAAAAUUGGUAAUACCAUGAUGGAAUUUCUCUAAGGAAGAAAAGGAGCAAUUCAUAGUUGUUUUUAUGUAACUUGAUAGCUGUUGCACUUACUGGAGUUAUUCAUUUCCUGUAUUUAAGUAUUUAUUGAUCACUACCCGCCCUCUAACUAUGAAAAGUGGAGCACACUGCCAAACCUUAAACUGUUGUCAAGAUUCGAAUGGUUCUAAUUACAAUGUGGCUUGUAUGAUCUUCAUUAGCACCGCCUCCUUUAAGGCAAAUAACUCCCACCAUUUUUUACACUGGAAAUAAAAUGGACGCCAUCAAUGAAA